AUUGGCACAGUGGUGUCAGGACAGUGGUGGCAGCAAGAGCUGUGGGACUGGCAGAGGGCAAGGCACCAUGGCCCUUGCUCUGCGACUCCUACUCCUGCUGCUCCUGGCCGAGGCCCUGACUGCCUGGGCUGCACAGGCGGCUCCACUCCAAGUGUGGCGAGCAGAUUGGGAUCGUGACAUGGCUUAUAUGGAAAAGCUAGUGCAUAACAGUUGGAAGACUCCAGAGCAUGGUGGAGGUCCUCCUGCAAUGAAGAAGGAAGAGAUGGCAGGCAAGAAGAAAUUAGAAGCAGCCAAACAUCUGGAUGAGAUGCUGAGUGACCUGGAGAGACGCCGUGCAAUGGAGCAAAAGUCCGUGCAGAUGGCGCCACAUCAUACUGGAAGCAAUGGCUCUGUGUCAGUCCCUGAUGGAGGAAAGGAGGAGUUGCCAGACAUGGGCAAAGGCAUAGGAGAAGUUCUUGGCAAGUCAGACACAAAUGCCCAGAAUCCACAGAACAACCGAAGAAUUGUCUGCCCUCAGGACGUGCGCAGGUCCUGCAUGAUAGGCACGGUGGUGACACUGUUCACAGUGCCACUUUCCAUGGUGCUGUGCUAUGCUGGGUUCCGGUGGUGGAAGGAAAAGAAACAUCGCGCUGCCGCAGCUCCAGCAUCCCAGCCGAGAAGGUGUGACUCUCCUUGGCCCCCAGGGAGCCCAGAGAGCUUCGAGUUUUGCAACUAUCAGACAUGGCCUCUGCAGCAGCAGCAGCUGCCCAAGAAAGCAGACUACCAGCCCUCCGUGCCUCCCCCACGGCCCCCCAUCCCGGCCGUGAAGCAGAAGUCUCCCGAGAUCCCCCCACCUCCUCCCCUCCCCAGCCCACCGCCCUGGUCCAGCUAG